CUGGUGCAAGGAAAUUAUGAUUAAGUUCUAUUUUAUAGUGUGUUAAUGAUCGAAAGAUGUUAUUUUUGUUACAUAGCUUUCAUAGUCAAUUAGCUUGCUGGGUUGGUUGCAUGAGCUGGUUACACUGCAAUUAAAAGAAAUAUAUCUAUUUGUUGGGUUGAGAAUGAAGACAAAAACUUGUCCAAAUAAUUAGUGUGGAUUAUUACGAUUCAGGAUGUGUUUAUAUUGUUACCUCAAUUCUACAAGUGUCUUUGGUGAAAACUUUAUGUCUAACCUUAUUAUAUGAACAAUGUGCAGUGUAGAAUCAUAAUGCCAGUUAAAAAACGUACUUCAUCUGGUACAAAGAAAGAAAAAUCAGCAGCUAGUAAGGCUUCCGAUGGCAGACUUGAUGAAUCUAAUGUUAACAAUGUCAAGAACAAAGUUGGAAGACCGAAGAAACCAGAGGGUCCUAAAAAGAAAACACUUGAUACCCGCUGCUCUCCAACUGCCAUUGCGGAUAUGAUGGAACAUUUAAAAGAUAAAUAUCCGAUCAAAUACCAAGAAGUUGAGAAAAUGGGUUUUGGAUGCCUGAGGCACAUCCCUAAGUGGUCGAUGAGCCAAGAUUUGAUUGUCGCCCUGGCACGGUCAUAUAACAAGGAUCGAAUGCAUUUGGAAGUUGAGACCGGAGACAUACCGGUGAAUGCGCGAGUGAUAGGUCAAGCAUUGGGACUCCCUACAAAUGGUAAUACAUAA